GUUGCUGCCGCCAAUCAAGUAUUGGUAUUUAAUACAACUUUUUUAGUCCUCAGUUGGGCAAUUAGGAUAAAAAAUGGCAGAAACAGAGCUUGGUAGCAGAGACCAAAGGUGGUCUCUUAAAGGCAUGACUGCUCUUGUCACUGGUGGAACCAAAGGCAUCGGACGUGCAAUAGUUGAAGAACUAGCAGGAUUUGGAGCCAGAGUUCAUACAUGUUCACGUAACGAGAAAGAUUUUAACGAAAGGGUUAAAGAAUGGAAAGCUAAAGGCUAUCAAGUAAGCUUCUCUGUCUGUGAUCUCACUUGUAGAACCCAGAGAGAGAAGCUGAUUGAUACAGUCUCCUCUGUUUUUGAUGGAAAGCUCAACAUCCUUGUGAAUAAUGCUGGAAUAGUAGCCCUCAAAGAUUGUUUGAAUUAUACUAGCGAAGAGUACUCAAACAUAAUGAGUACAAAUCUUGAGGCUCCAUAUCAUAUAAGUCAACUAGCACAUCCACUUCUCAAAACAUCAGGAAAUGGAAGCAUUGUUUUUAUAUCCUCUAUUGCUGGUAUAGUCUCUUUGCCCAUCAUAUCUGUAUAUGCAGCCACUAAAGGGGCAAUCAACCAAUUGACCAAGAAUUUGGCUUGCGAAUGGGCGAAAGACAAUAUUCGCACAAACACUGUUGCUCCAUCGGGUGUCAAGACCGAAAUCCUGACAGAACCUGACCUUGCUGUUAUAAAGGCAUACGGUGGGGUAUUAGAUCGCACUCCAAUGGGUCGCAUGGCGGAGCCAAACGAGGUAUCAUCGGUGGUGGCAUUCCUUUGCCUUCCAGCUGCUUCAUACAUAACUGGCCAAAUUAUUUGUGUGGAUGGAGGGAUUACUGUAAAUGGUCUUUCACCAAAUUAAAACCAAUAUUUGUCUCUUCCAAACUUCAAAAAGCAUCUAAAUUGUAUUUGCAGCUGUAAACUAGUUAAAAUCUGGGAUUUCGCAUUCUUAAAAGUUGUAAGAUGUAAAAAUAUAAUUCAAACAAUUAUGUUCUGUUGUACUGUAUUAUCUCCUUAAUACAAGUUGAAUUCAUUUAAACAAA